GCGGAGAGGCGCGGCCAUGGAGCCGACCGGCCCCAGCUCCGGGCCGCUGCGGCGGGACCGGGACCGGGACGCGAUCGAAGCGUGGCUGGACGAUCACCGGGACUUUACCUUCUCUUACUUUGUUAGAAAAGCCACCAGAGAAAUGGUCAACGCAUGGUUUGCUGAGAGAGUUCACCCCAUUCCUGUGUGCAAGGAAGGCAUUCGAGGUCACCCAGAAUCCUGUUCGUGCCCUGUGCAACAGAGUCCUCGUGCGGACAACAGUGCUCCCGGAACUCCAACCAGGAAAAUCUCAGCCUCUGAGUUUGACCGGCCACUUAGACCCAUAGUGGUGAAGGAUUCUGAGGGAACUGUGAGUUUCCUGUCAGACUCAGAAAAGAAGGAACACAUGCCUCUCACCCCCCCACGUUUUGACCAUGAUGAAGCCGACCAGUGCUCCAGACUCUUGGAACUAGUGAAGGAUAUUUCCAGCCAUUUAGAUGUCACCGCGCUCUGUCACAAGAUCUUCUUGCACAUCCACGGGCUCAUCUCCGCGGAUCGCUAUUCUCUGUUCCUGGUGUGUGAGGACAGCUCCAAUGACAAGUUUCUUAUCAGCCGCCUUUUCGACGUUGCUGAAGGAUCCACACUGGAAGAGGCAUCCAAUAACUGCAUCCGCUUAGAGUGGAACAAAGGCAUUGUGGGACAUGUGGCAGCCCUGGGGGAGCCCUUGAACAUCAAGGAUGCCUACGAGGAUCCUCGGUUCAAUGCUGAAGUUGACCAAAUUACAGGCUACAAAACUCAGAGUAUUCUUUGCAUGCCAAUUAAGAAUCACAGGGAAGAGGUCGUUGGUGUCGCCCAGGCCAUCAACAAGAAAUCAGGAAAUGGCGGGACAUUCACUGAAAAGGAUGAAAAGGACUUUGCUGCCUAUUUGGCAUUUUGUGGUAUUGUCCUUCAUAAUGCUCAGCUCUACGAGACAUCCCUGCUGGAGAACAAGAGAAAUCAGGUGCUGCUUGACCUUGCUAGCUUAAUCUUCGAAGAACAGCAGUCAUUAGAAGUCAUCUUGAAGAAGAUAGCAGCCACCAUUAUCUCUUUCAUGCAAGUGCAGAAGUGCACCAUUUUCAUAGUGGAUGAAGAUUGCUGUGAUUCUUUUUCUAGUGUGUUUCACAUGGAAUGUGAGGAAUUAGAAAAAUCAUCAGAUAAUUUAACAAGAGAGCGAGAUGCAAACAGAAUCAAUUAUAUGUAUGCGCAAUAUGUCAAAAACACCAUGGAACCACUUAACAUCCCAGAUGUCAGCAAGGAUACUCGCUUUCCCUGGACAAAUGAAACCACGGGAAGUGUAAACCAGCAGUGCAUUAGAAGUUUGCUUUGUACACCUAUAAAAAAUGGAAAGAAGAAUAAAGUCAUAGGAGUUUGCCAGCUUGUUAAUAAGGUAGAGGAGAAUACUGGCAAGGUUAAGCCUUUCAACCGAAAUGAUGAACAGUUUCUAGAAGCUUUUGUCAUCUUUUGCGGCUUGGGGAUCCAGAACACACAGAUGUAUGAAGCCGUGGAGCGAGCCAUGGCCAAGCAAAUGGUCACAUUGGAGGUUCUGUCCUAUCAUGCUUCAGCUGCAGAGGAAGAAACAAGAGAGCUCCAGGCUUUGGCAGCUGCUGUGGUGCCAUCUGCCCAGACCCUUAAAAUUACUGACUUUGGCUUCAGUGACUUCGAACUGUCUGAUCUGGAAACAGCGCUGUGCACAAUCCGGAUGUUCACUGACCUCAACCUUGUACAGAACUUUCAAAUGAAACAUGAGGUUCUUUGCAGGUGGAUUUUGAGUGUUAAGAAGAAUUAUCGGAAGAAUGUAGCCUAUCACAACUGGAGGCAUGCCUUCAACACUGCCCAGUGCAUGUUUGCUGCACUCAAGGCAGGCAAGAUUCAGAGCAAGCUGUCAGAGCUAGAGAUACUGGCCCUGCUGAUCGCCGCACUGAGCCAUGACUUAGAUCAUCGAGGUGUGAACAACUCAUACAUACAGCGAAGUGAACACCCCCUGGCUCAGCUCUACUGCCACUCCAUCAUGGAACACCACCACUUUGACCAGUGCUUGAUGAUUCUCAACAGCCCCGGCAACCAGAUUCUCAGUGGCCUCUCCAUUGAAGAAUACAAGACCACAUUGAAAAUAAUCAAGCAAGCUAUUUUAGCUACAGACCUAGCACUCUAUAUAAAGAGACGAGGAGAAUUUUUUGAACUUAUAAGAAAAAAUCAAUUUAAUUUGGAAGAUCCUCAUCAAAAGGAACUAUUCUUAGCCAUGCUGAUGACGGCCUGUGACCUCUCAGCGAUCACGAAGCCCUGGCCCAUCCAACAGCGGAUAGCAGAACUUGUAGCAACUGAAUUUUUUGACCAAGGAGACAGAGAGAGGAAAGAACUCAACAUAGAACCCACGGAUCUAAUGAACAGAGAGAAGAAAAACAAAAUCCCAAGCAUGCAAGUUGGGUUCAUCGAUGCCAUCUGUUUACAACUCUAUGAGGCCCUGACCCAUGUCUCAGAGGACUGUCUGCCUCUGCUAGAUGGCUGUAGAAAGAACAGGCAGAAAUGGCAGGCCCUCGCAGAACAACAGGAGAAGACACUGAUUAAUGGCGAGAGUGGCCAGCCCAAGCGGAACUGAACAGCCUGCCUCACACAAAAAGCCCAGAUUUCCACUCAUGGUGGAGUCUGCCAUGUGCACACUCUCACUACCCACUGGUGUACACUUUGCCACUGCUGUAUCUUUUAUUUUUUGCACAACCUUGGAGGAUAUAGCAUGAAAUUUUGUAAGGGGAAUUAUGACAUAUUUUCUGUAUAUUUGUUUUAUGCCACUGACCUGAAAAUAGUGAAUGACACCCACUCUUAACAUGUUGGUCCGAGCACUGCUGGUGGUAUUUUGCGUGUGGUCAUAUGUGAGUGGAAGCUGUGCACUGGGGUGGCUUUCUUCUUGGGGAUUGCCAGGAAUUGAUCUUGUGUUUCCUGAGUCACUGAACUUUCAAGAAUGCUUGGAAUCUUUCCUUUGAUCAAAAGUAGGUUAGGAGAGAAUUGAAUAUAUUCUGGCCCAUCCAUUGCCAUUCAUAAAAUAGCAUAGAUUGGCCAAAUAGAUUUUUAAAAGAAAUGAGUAUAUGGGUCAAAAAUGUCUUGACAAAGUUAAGACAUUGAGAAACAAGACUGUAAAGAAAAUGUGGGUUGUUUUUUAGUGACUUGGUGUGUAUCUGUGUGUGUCUGUGUGUGUCUGUGUGUGUCUGUGUGUGUGUGUGUGUGUGCUGGUACUAGGAUUUGUGCUGAGGUCCUGGUCUCCUUACAGUUUAUAAGUCAACAAUGAAGUUUCCAUGCCUCUUUUUCCAAAAAAAUAAAAGACAUUAUCAUUGGAGUAUUGAUCUGAGUGAGACAUGACCAUUAAUAGAACAAUACAAAAUAAACCUGGUUGUUCCUCCAUUGAGUUAAGUAGAGAGAAAAAAUUAAUUUCAUGAGCAGCAGAGGGCUAUUUCCUAUACUGUGUUCAAAAAAAAAUGAGUUCAAAGCAACAGUAAAGUUACUUGGUUGCCAUUUAUGUCCUUUCCCUUUGUCUUUUCCUGAAAUUCAGUGUGCUGCAAAUUCUG